UAUAAAUGACAAGGUGACAGUUUCUCUCAUCCUACACUCAUUGACUGCCGCUGUGCGCGAGAGCAGCUAAUCCCGGACCCUCCGAAACCGUAACAAACCGCUUCCAGCCAUGUAUGCCUGCGCCAAGUUCAUCACUUCUCCCGCUGUGCUGCGUGGGGGGUCCAGAGUCCUCGCCCGGCCAGUCUCAGUCUCCCUCUUCAACAGACCUGAAGCCACAGUGGAGCAGCAGGCCCUGUUGCCAGUCAGCCAGUCUGCAGUCCUGACCCGGUCCUUCCAGACCAGCGCUGUCUCCCGGGACGUCGACACUGCCGCCAAGUUCAUUGGUGCUGGUGCUGCAACAGUGGGUGUGGCCGGCUCAGGAGCUGGAAUCGGAACAGUGUUCGGCAGCCUCAUCAUUGGCUAUGCCAGGAACCCCUCCCUGAAGCAGCAGCUCUUCUCCUACGCCAUCCUGGGUUUCGCUCUGUCUGAGGCUAUGGGUCUCUUCUGUCUGAUGGUGGCGUUCCUCAUCCUCUUCGCCAUGUAAACCCGAAAAAAACACACCCACAGCUCCGGCUCCCUUCACUUCCCCCUUCUUCCCCGUCUCAUUUCCUUCCUUUGCUCCCUUCUCCCUCCCUCCCUUCCAUCCGGAGGGGGGUUUCCAGGAUGGGAACUCUGAAUGAGCUGAUAGGCCAUUCCAAUCAGAAAAAUAUAAAUGGAAAGAAUAUCUACAUCUGAGGUUAAUAAACCUCCAAUCCUACAUUUUUAUGUUCCUGCGCUUAUUUUUGUUUUUCAGGAGUUUUAUGUAAGACCUCACUUCGGUUAAAAUAAUCUGUCCAAAAUAAAUGGUUGGGAUAACUAAAAAAA